AUGAAUAUUGAGUUACUAAAGAUCAGUCAAAGUUCCAAGACUUUCUCAGCACCUCCUGAAUCUACAAAUGUAAAUGAUGACCCCUACAUUUCUCUCUUCUCUUCUGAUGGUCUGAGAGAAUCUGUCCAUCAGCUGAGAGACAAACUUGAGGAUUUAUGCAAAGAGAAGAUCAAGAAGAUCUCAGACAGAGUCACAUUCACCUACAUUGUUCUCUGGAAAAGGAACGACUUUCUACGAUAUUCUCAUCAGCUCACUCUGGAUCCAAACACUGUGAAUAAAUACCUUCAUCUGUCUGAGAACAACAGAGUGAUUGCUGCGACUAAAACAGUCCAGUCAUAUCCUGAUCAUCCAGACAGAUUUGAUGUGUAUCCUCAGCUGUUGUGUAGAGAAAGUGUGUCCGGACGCUGUUACUGGGAGAUUGAGUGGAGUGGAAAUAAUGGUGUGCGUAUAUCAGUGUCAUAUAAGAGCAUCAGCAGGAAAGGAGAUGUUGAGUGUUUGUUUGGAUUUAAUGACCAGUCAUGGAUUUUGUUCUGCUCUCCCUCCGUAUACUCUUUCAGACACAAUAAAAUAGAGACUGUUCUCCCUGUGAUUCCCAUCAGCAGGAGAAUAGGAGUGUAUGUGGAUCACAGUGCAGGAACUCUGUCCUUCUACAGCGUCUCUGACACAAUGAGCCUCAUCCACACAGUCCAGACCACAUUCACUCAGCCGCUCUACCCUGGGUUUUGGGUUAAUAAUGAAUCAUCAGUGAAACUGUGUUGAUAAAAUAAUGUUCUAUAUCUGUACUAAGUUUGCCAUAAUUGGCUACACACACACCCUCCACAUGCCAGCUUGAUCCCCUCCCCACAGUUUUAGUCAAAUCCUGCCUGUCCUCUCUACUUUCCCUUAUAUCUGCUAUCUUCCACUCCUCACUCACUACUGGAAUUGUUCUUCUACAUUUCAAAACUGCAGUUGUCACUCCAAUUCUAAAAAAAAAAAACGGGUCUAGAACCCAACAAUUAUAAUAACCAUUGCCCAAUCUCUAAUCUUCCCUUCAUUUCCAAAAUUUAAAAAAAUAAAAUAGUUGCUACUCAACUUCACUCAUAUAUCUCUAAAUAACCUCUACAAACAAUUCCAAUCUCGCUUCCGUCCCCACCAUAGUUCAGAAACUGCUCUUAUCAAAAUCACCAAUAAUCUGCUUAUGGCUGCCGACUCUGGUUCUAUCACCAUCCUUAUUCUCCUUUAUUUAAGUGCAGCCUUCGAUACUAACUCUCACUUCAUCCUUCUCAACAGAUUAUCUUCCAUUGACAUCACUCACACCCCUCUCUGCCGGUUUCACUCAUAUCUUUCAGGCCGCAAACAUUCAGAUCUAAGUCUGCCACAGUCACCACAGGUGUUCCCCAGGGCUUUGUCCUGGGUGCUUUCUUUUCAUUAUUUAUCUCCUUCCACUUGGUAAUAUUUUUCGCAAAUACAAUAUUCAUUUCCACAGUUUCGCGGGAAAACACUCAACUCUACCUUUCCUGUGGACCCAAUUCCACACUCCCCCUCUCCAAUAUUUUCAACUGUUUAUCUGAAAUAAAAUCCUUGUUCACUUUAAACUUCUUAAAACUUAAUUGUGACAAAACCGAAAUCCUUUUUAAUGGCACCAAAACUACACUUUCUAAAGUUGACAGUUUUUUCUGUUGACUCCUUGGUUUUCCCCUCCCCUCAGGUUAAGAUUUUGGGUGUCAUCCUCUGCAAUUUAUUAUCAUUUCAACCAAAUAUUAAUAAUGUAACAUCUUUCCAUCUUUGUAACAUUAAUCGUCUUUGUCCCUUUUCUCAGUUACAUUCUACCUCUAUCCUUGUCAUAGUCUAGUCAGUUCCUGUAUUGAUUACUGUAAUCUGACAUCUGUAACAUUGACUCUGUAAGAAUUAAAGAACCUCAGACACUUGGAUCUUCAAAAGCCACACAGUGCAUUAACAUAUAGUCAUCUGUUCCCACAUUUCACUAAGAGAAAGUGCGGGAAACGCCUCUAUCAAAUAUGUUAUCAGUUCCUUCAUAUCCCCUUCCUUACCCAUCCUUCCUCCACUUGGUUUCACUCAGAAUGGUCUAUAAUAUAAUGUUCUACAUUAAUGCAAGUGAUAUUUACAGUCAUGUUUGGUGUCAUUUGAAAUGUCUCAGGGCGACUGGUACAAUGGUCUCAAUCUUACAAAAGUAGACUAAAAGAUAAUACAGGUCCUAAGACACAGGUAUGCAUCUUACUCUUAAAUACAUCUUUGAGAAUUUGAUGUAUUGAUGUAUUAAUUUGAUAUA